GUCCCAGAGCGACCGCAUGAAGGGCGUCUUUGCGAAUUACGGUUUCUCUUCCCACGGUGCCGUCCAGUACGCCGGUAUCGGCGUCAAAGCACCUGAGUCAGCCUUGGACAGCGUCGGCACUCGCUUUGACGCUGACUUCAUCGAGAAUGACCAG